CUCAUUCACUUGGUUCUCUUAUAUUCCUCGAGUUAAUUUAUUGUUUUUUCUUACAAGAAAUCAAAAAGGAUGUUAGAAGGGAAGGCAGUAAUGGGCGAGACAGAUAUGAGGCAAACAAUGAAGGAAGACGCUCUCAGCUUGGCCUCCAAAGCCCUUGAUUGCUUUGAUGUCACCGAACCCACUCAGAUUGCCAGUUUCAUCAAGAAGGAUUUUGAUAGAAUAUACGGAUCAGGAUGGCAAUGCGUUGUUGGGACGCAUUUUGGAUCGUUUGUGACUCAUUGCAGUGGCUGCUUCAUCCAUUUCUCCGUUGGCAGCCUUACCAUUUUGCUUUUUAAGGGAUCAGCCGGUGAACCAGCGUCCCGGACCAACGAUCUAGCUAGUUUAGACAAUCUUGUAAAAUAGUCAAGUCUUCAUAUAGUGCUUCACUGCUAUUUCAAGAUUGACCGUUAUGAAUGUUUUGAAAGACAAGAUUAUAUUGCCUAGAGAUAUGAUUUAGCGCUUUUAAUUCUUACCAUCCGGUUAGCUUGUAACUAUUUUUCUCUGCCGUUAGUUUGAAUAAUGUGAAAUUUACAUGA